AUGGCGCUCUGCAUGGCUCUGGUAGUUCCUUCCCCCAGUUCCCUCCCUCAGUUCCUUCCCCCAGUUCCCUCCCUCAGUUUCCUCCCUCAGUUCCCUCCCUCAGUUCCCUCCCUCAGUUUCCUCCCUCAGUUUCCUCCCUCAGUUCCCUCCCUCAGUUCCUUCCCUCAGUUCCCUCCCUCGGUUCCUUCCCUCAGUUCCCUCCCUCCGUUCCUUCCCUCAGUUCCUUCCCUCAGUUCCUUCCCUCAGUUCCUUCCCUCAGUUCCUUCCCUCAGUUCCCUCCCUCAGUUCCUUCCCUCAGUUCUUUCCCUCAGUUCCCUCCCUCAGUUCCUUCUCUCAGUUCCUUCCCUCAGUUCCUUCCCUCAGUUCCUUCCCUCAGUUCCCUCCCUCAGUUCCCUCCCUCAGUUCCUUCCCUCAGUUCCCUCCCUCGGUUCCUUCCCUCAGUUCCCUCCCUCCGUUCCUUCCCUCAGUUCCUUCCCUCAGUUCCUUCCCUCAGUUCCUUCCCUCAGUUCCUUCCCUCAGUUCCCCUCCCUCAGUUCCCUCCCUCAGUUCCCUCCCUCAGUUCCCUCCCUCAGUUCCCUCCCUCAGUUCCCUCCCUCAGUUCCUUCCCUCAGUUCCCUCCCUCAGUUCCUUCCCUCAGUUCCCUCCCUCAGUUCCCUCCCUCAGUUCCCUCCCUUAGUCUCUUCCCUCAGUUCCCUCCCUCAGUUCCCUCCCUCAGUUCCUUCCCUCAGUUCCUUCCCUCAGUUCCCUCCCUCAGUUCCUUCCCUCAGGUUCCUCCCUCAGUUUCCUCCCUCAGUUCCUUCCCUCAGUUCCCCUCCCUCAGUUCCCUCCCUCAGUUCCUUCCCUCAGUUCCUUCCCUCAGUUCCCUCCCUCAGUUCCUUCCCUCAGUUCCUUCCCUCAGUUCCUUCCCUCAGUUCCUUCCCUCAGUUCCCUCCCUCAGUUCCCUCCCUCAGUUCCUUCCCUCAGUUCCCUCCCUCCGUUCCUUCCCUCAGUUCCCUCCCUCAGUUCCCUCCCUCAGUUCCCUCCCUCAGUUCCCUCCCUCAGUUCCUUCCCUCAGUUCCCUCCCUCAGUUCCUUCCCUCAGGUUCCUCCCUCAGUUUCCUCCCUCAGUUUCCUCCCUCAGUUCCUUCCCUCAGUUCCCUCCCUCAGUUCCUUCCCUCAGUUCCCUCCCUCAGUUCCUUCCCUCAGUUUCCUCCCUCAGUUCCUUCCCUCAGUUCCUUCCCUCAGUUUCCUCCCUCAGUUCCUUCCCUCAGUUCCUUCCCUCAGUUUCCUCCCUCAGUUCCUUCCCUCAGUUCCUUCCCUCAGUUUCCUCCCUCAGUUCCUUCCCUCAGUUCCCUCCCUCAGUUCCCUCAGUUCAGUGGCCCUUUAUAUCCAUAUCAGACCCAGUUAUGAUGUUUGUGUAUGGUGUGAUACAGUAUGGUGUGAUACAGUAUGGUCUGAUGAAGUAUGUGAUGCAUGUGAUGUCCGGGACGGUGUGCUUCUCAGCGUUCCGUCGCUUGCAAGUUCGAGCAUUUCCGCCAGUCCACAGCACGAGAACGCCAUGGCGCUCACAGUGUUCGGUACCAACCCGACGCUCAACUCCCUUCUCCGGUUAUCGCACAUCCCAGACGAGUUCAGUGCUCUCUUCGACGCGCCGACGUCGAACUUCGUAACAGACAGCAGCGCAAUGGCGUGUACAGCCGUCGACGUCAAGGAGACCCCCGAGGCUUUUACAUUCAUCGCGGAUCUUCCGGGGCUGAAGAAAGACGAGGUGAAGGUCCGAAUCGAAGAUAAGAAUCUGCUGACCAUCAGCGGUGAGCGGAGUCGCGAAGUCACGGAAAAGACGGAGAAAUAUCACCGCGUGGAGCGGAGCACUGGCAAGUUUCUAAGGCGGUUCCGUCUUCCUGAUAACGUGGAAGUGGAUAAGAUUGCUGCGAGCUCCGAGAAUGGUGUGCUCACUGUGACUGUCCCAAAGGUCAAGCCACCCGAGCCUAAGAAGCCAGCUGUUGUAGAUGUUCCCAUCAACUAG